AGGGUGCAGCCAGGUCAACCCUCAGCUGCUCUGUCUCCAUCACUUCAGCACUGACAGCAGGCGACGAUGCACCUGCGACACCUUUUACUCUGGCUGCUUUUAGCACAAAGCUGUGCGGAGUUGGAGCUGCCCAUGUGCAAAGAGUCGGAUUAUCACUUUGAGUACACAGAGUGUGACGUGCUUGGGUCACGAUGGCGAGUGGCGGUUCCCAACAAAGCUGACAUAUGCACAGGCCUCCCAGAUCCAGUCAAAGGCACUCAGUGCACCUUCUCCUGUAGCGAGGGGGAGUUCCUCGACAUGCAGUCGCAGCAGUGCCAGAAGUGUGCUGUAGGCACCUACUCUCUGGGCACCGGCGUGGCCUUUGAUGAGUGGGACAGCCUGCCGUCUGGUUUUGUCACCCACGGGGUGACCACGAAUGGCAAUGAUGACCCCACAGACUGCUCCAACUCAACCUGGAUACCAAAGGGUGAUUACGUAGCCUCAAACGCAGAUGAGUGCACUGCAACUCUGUCCUACGCUGUGAGCCUGAAGAAACCUGGAACCGUGUCCUUUGAAUAUUCCUACCCUGACAGCAGCAUUUACUUUGAGUUCUUUGUUCAGAAUGACCAGUGUCAGUCUACAGACUCUAAGAGGAGGUGGAUGAAGAUCUCUGAGAGCAACUUCAGCAAAUACAUGGUUGAGCUUAACAGCGGCAACAAUGUGCUGUAUUGGAGGACGACUGCGUAUACUCUGCAGGGCAGCACUGUCAAUCCCGUGCUGUUAAGAAACAUCGCCAUCUCAGGGGUGGCCUACACAUCAGAGUGCUUCCAUUGUAAACCCGGCACACACAGUGCCAAACCAGGAUCCGCCCGCUGUACCCCCUGCCCUGCUGAGAGCUACUCCAACAAGGGUGCCACCGUUUGCCAUCAGUGUGAAAAAGACACAUAUUCAGAGGCUGGUUCAGGGAGCUGCAAACUGAGACCUGCGUGUACAAACAGUGACUACUUCUACACCCACACUCCCUGUGACUCUGAGGGAAAGACUCAGCUCAUGUACAAGUGGAUCGAACCAAAGAUCUGCAGUGAAACUGUUAAAGGAGCCGUGAAGCUGCCCGCAUCAGGGGAGAAGCAAACCUGCCCUCCGUGUAACCCGGGUUUCUUCGUCACCAACUCCACCUGUGAACCCUGCGACAGAGAUUUCUACUCAAACGGAACAGCCUGUGCUAAGUGCCCCGUGGGCACGGAGCCAGUGGUGGGUCUCGAGUACAAAUGGUGGAACACAAUGCCGAGCAACAUGAAGAGCACCAUCUUCCGCAGAGAGUUUGGCGACUCCGAACACAGCACGGCAUGGGAGGUGGCUGGAGAGUAUGUCUACACCACACCCGGGGAUCAGGACACAGACUACCUGAUGCUCACGCUCAACGUCUCUGGAUACAGGCUGCCUCAGUCCGUGACCAAAGUCAGUGAAAGCAGCGAACUGUCUCGCAUCACCUUCGUCUUCGAGACCACGUGUACAGCCGAGUGCAAAUUUUACUUCCUGGCAGGUUAUAACCAGUGGAAUAAUGAUGUGGUGGAGAAUUGGAAAGGCAGCAACAGCAAACAGUCGUACUCCUACGUGAUCCAGAGCAACAGCACCGUCAGCUUCACCUGGACGUUUCGACGAACGGAGGAACUCGACGUGGAGAGGAAAUACAGCGCUGAUGCUGCAAAGAUCUUCUCCAUCCACAUCACCAAUGUGAUCGGUGGCGUGGCCUCUGAGUGUCGCCGCUGUGCCCUGAGCUCCGUCGAGGCCGGCUCCGCCUGUGUUCCCUGCCCGCCGGGACACUACAUGGUCAAUGGGACCGGAGCGUGUAAGAGCUGCCCGCCGAACACCUUCAUCAGGGCCAAUCAUCCUGUUGGAGAGGCCGCUUGUGUUCAGUGUGGACCAAACACACAGAGAAACAAGGCCUACACAGCUUGUCUCAGCGACUGUGCGUUGGACGUGCAGACGAACGGAGGCGCGCCGCUGCACUAUGACUUCUCUCCUCUGUCCAACGUCACUGGCUUCCACAGCAGCCCCCGCUUCACCAGCAAAGGCCUGAGAUACUUCCAUCGCUUUAAUCUGGGUCUGUGUGGGAAAGAGGGCAGAGUGCCGGCUACCUGUGUGGAAAAUGUGACAGAGGGCGGGAGAGAGGUCAAAGGUUACGUCUGUCAGUCCACUGUGGUUCCCUCUGACAUCAGGAGUCAGAGCGUGGUGUCCACGCAGCCGUUCAUCAUCGGUGACUCACUGAUCGGUGUGACCACCGAUACGAGCCUCAGUAGCAUCUCAUCUCCAACAUGGCUGUUUCCCUCUGCGUCCGGCCUGCAAGAUGUCAUCUUCUAUUACAAGUCCAGUGAGACGACUCAGGCUUGUAAACAAGGCCGAUCCUCCACCGUCAGACUGAGAUGUGACCCCACAGUGACCGCUAAAGACUACAUCACGCUGCCGAGUAACUGCUCAGAGGGGACGUGUGAUGGUUGUACUUUCCACUUUCUGUGGCAGAGCCAGCACGCCUGUCCACUCUGCACCAAAAACCACUACAGAGAGAUUGUCAGCGCUUGCAUCCAGGGAAUACAGAGAACCACCUAUGUGUGGCAGCAGCCGUUGCAGUGUUACGGCGGAGAGUCACUACCGGAACAAAAAGUCAGCGCUUGUGUGACUCUGGAUUUCUGGCUCAAGUUCGGCGUUUCCACGGGAACCAUCGCUGCUGUGCUGCUCAUCAGUAUCAGCUGCUAUUUCUGGAAGAAGACACGCAAGUUGCAGUAUAAGUACUCCAAGCUGAUGAUGAGCUCUGGGGGUAAAGAGUGUGAGCUGCCUACUGCAGACAGCUGUGCAAUAAUGGAGGGAGAGGACGCAGAAGAUGACCUCAUGGACCUCACCAAGAAAUCCUUCUUCACCAAAAUUAAGUCCUUCUCCCGAGAGAGGACAGCAGAUGGAUUUGACUCAGUUCCACUUAAAUCAUCAUAUUCACGCCAAUUCAUAGAAGAGGAAGACUCAGAUAACGCUUAAUUCAGAGGAUGAACGGAUCCUUCUACCGGAGUGCAGGGGGAGUGUUAAACUUUAGAUAAACAGCUCCAAGAGAAAACAGAGAUGGGCUGUUGAAUGCAUUUUAUUUAUAAAAGAUAUAGGUUUACUGCGGGAGUUUUAAAAUAAUGUUAAGAAUGACCUUUUUUUUUUUUAUUAUUUGUCAUACAUUAGACAAUAUAAUAGAAAGUCUCCAUAUUGGGGAUAUCCUGUAUUUUUAAAGCCCAAUGGUGUAUUUUAAAAUGCUAUAAAAACCAAGCUGUGGAUUGAAGUUACAAUUAUGGUAGAUGUUUGAGACUGUGUACAUUUUACAUAACUGUGAGUGUGUAUUUCAUUUUGUUUCUAUUUUCUUCUUUUAUUUUUAUUAGGUUUGUUUGUAUGUUUUUUAUUAGACCAGCCAUCCAGUUCAGUCUUAAUGUUGAAUUAUAUUUGCUACAGCUUCUGAUAACUUUUUCUGCACCCUAAGGUUAUGAUAAAAUCUUGCCUUAUUGUGAAGUAAAGACAUUUUGUACAAUAAAAAAA